CUAGGUUUUAGAGGAGGAAGACAAGAAAGAAAAUAUUCUGAACCAAUGGACUGCAGACAUAGUACAGGAAAUGACCAGAGACUGCAGACGCAGUACAGGAGAUGACCAGAGACUGCGGACGCAGUACAGGAGAUGACCAGAGACUGCGGACACGGUACAGGAGAUGACCAGAGACUGCGGACACGGUACAGGAGAUGACCAGAGACUGCGGACACAGUACAGGAGAUGACCAGAGACUGCGGACAUAGUACAGGAGAUUUUAUAUGCGUUUUCCUUUUAUGUUCAGCUGCUGCCACCAGUAUUGAGCGCUUACUGUAUAUUUUACUUUAUAUAGUACAGGAGAUGACCAGAGACUGCGGACACAGUACAGGAGAUGACCAGAGACUGCGGACACAGUACAGGAGAUGACCAGAGAUUGCGGA